AUGGUUCUAGCAGAUCUCGGCCGUCGCAUUCGAAAUGCUCUCGGGAAGCUCGGGCAAGCCACCGUUAUCAAUGAGGAGGAGCUCGAUGCUAUGCUCCAAGAGGUUUGCCGAGCUCUCAUCGAAGCGGAUGUGAACAUCAGAUAUGUGAAACAACUAAAGGAUAAUGUCAAAAAAGCGAUCAAUUUCGAGGACAUGGUUGGUGGAGUAAACAAACGACGCUUGAUUCAGAAGACGGUUUUUCAAGAGUUGCUGAAACUUGUGGAUCCAGGUGUGACGCCUUAUCAACCGGUAAAAGGAAAGCCGAAUGUAAUCAUGUUCGUUGGUCUGCAAGGUUCCGGAAAGACAACAACUUGUACGAAGAUGGCAUAUCACUAUCAACGAAAAGGAUGGAAAACUUGUCUGAUUUGUGCCGAUACAUUCCGUGCCGGUGCUUUCGACCAAUUGAAACAAAACGCAACAAAAGCCAGAAUUCCGUUUUAUGGAAGCUACAGUGAGAUGGAUCCAGUGGUGAUUGCAGCCGAAGGAGUUGAUAGAUUCAAAAAGGAGGGUUUUGAAAUCAUCAUUGUUGAUACUUCUGGACGACACAAGCAAGAAGCCUCUUUGUUUGAAGAAAUGCUUCAAGUUUCCAACGCUGUUAGCCCAAACAAUGUCGUUUUUACCAUGGAUGCGUCAAUCGGUCAGGCUUGCGAGGCCCAGGCACGUGCCUUCUCUGAGACAGUAGACGUCGGAUCCGUUAUUAUUACCAAGCUCGAUUCACACGCCAAGGGAGGAGGUGCCUUGUCUGCAGUUGCCGUUACUAAGUCUCCUGUGAUCUUCAUUGGUACAGGAGAGCACAUUGAUGAUUUCGAGGUGUUCAAGCCUCAGUCUUUUGUUCAAAAGCUGCUCGGUAUGGGAGAUUUGAAAGGCCUCGUGGAUAUGGUAAAGGACAUUGGUAUUGAAGACAAUGAAGAGCUCGUGAAACGAAUCAAGCAUGGUCAAUUUACACUACGCGAUAUGUACGAACAGUUCCAGAACAUAAUGAAGAUGGGACCAUUCAGUCAAAUCAUGUCUAUGAUUCCUGGCUUUGGACCGGAUUUCAUGUCUAAAGGAAACGAACAAGAAAGCAGUCGCCGACUUAAACGGCUGAUGACCAUCAUGGAUUCGAUGUCCGAUUUUGAGUUGGACCACGACAAGGCUACCGAUCUAUUCAACAAAGAGCCACGUCGAUUGACUAGAGUUGCCAAUGGAUCUGGUAGCAUGGAAGUUGAAGUGAAGGAACUUCUGAGUCAAUACAAGAAAUUCGCCGAUAUGGUGAAGAAGAUGGGUUCAAUGAAAGGACUGUUUUCGGGCAAAGGCGGUGACAUCAACCCAUCAAAAGUUAACCCAUCUCAAAUGGUCAAACUUAAUCAACAAAUGGCCAAGAUGAUGGAUCCCAGAGUUCUGCAACAAAUGGGCGGCAUGGGCGGCCUGCAAAGUAUGAUGCAGCAACUCUCAAAGAUGUCUGGAGGAAAGAUG